AUGCCACUGGGGCACAUCAUGAGGCUCGACCUGGAGAGACUCGCCCUGGAGUACGUCGUGCCGUGCUUGCAUGACAUCGGCUUCUGCUACCUGGACAACUUCCUCGGAGAGGUGGUGGGAGACUGCGUGCUGGAGCGGGUGAAGCGGAUGCACCGCGACGGGGAACUGGCCGACGGGCAGCUGGCCGGCCCCAGCCGCGGCGUAGCCAAGCGGCACCUCCGCGGCGACCAGAUCAAGUGGAUCGGGGGCACGGAGGAGGGUUGCGAGGCUAUCAACUUCCUCCUCACGCUGAUAGACCGGCUGGUGAUGUACUGCGGGAGCCGGCUCGGCAAGUACUACGUGAAGGAGCGAUCCAAGGCUAUGGUGGCUUGCUAUCCUGGCAAUGGAACCGGCUACGUUCGUCACGUGGACAAUCCAAACGGCGAUGGGCGCUGCAUCACCUGUAUUUAUUACCUGAAUAAGAACUGGGACUCCAAGCUGCACGGUGGAGUUCUUCGGAUAUUCCCAGAAGGAAAGUCCUACAUAGCAGACGUUGAGCCCAUUUUUGACCGAUUGCUGUUUUUUUGGUCAGACCGAAGGAACCCCCAUGAAGUCCAGCCUUCUUAUGCAACCAGGUAUGCCAUGACUGUGUGGUAUUUUGAUGCCGAAGAAAGAGCAGAAGCCAAAAAGAAGUUCCGGAACUUAACCGAUGCAAGGAAGAGAGAAGCGCCUCAUAAUGAAGACUGA